GGACAGAGUAGGAGAUGGGAGAAAAUAAUCGGCACGUCUUUUGGCUUCGUUUUACCUUUCCUGAUGUAGGGUGUCGGAUUCUGCCUGACCGGAAUAUACAUAUAACAGUGUGAAUCAUUCAGAGGAAAAGAAAUAAUGAUUUACAUCAGUCUGUUGUAUUUGACAGUCUGGUAUAUGCAGGCGAUUCUGCGGUUGAAUCCAAGAUGGUGGUGCGCCUGUAUUUUGUGGGUGUUACUUCUGCUACCAGCUAGAAGCCGUAGUGACAUGUACGAUAGCGCCCGAUCAAACGAAAAGCCGUCAUACUCUGCAAUUGUCAAUAUUACAUUCAAAGAUUCUACUACUGGAGAAUCCAAAUCUGAAAAAAUGAACGGGCGAUAUGGCCUGAACAGUCUAGUGGAAUCGGAGACAGGGAUUGUGGUACAUGUGCGAUCUCGACCGCCCAACUCAGCUGUCACCAACUACGGCUGCUAUCCAUUUUUUGAGAACGAGAUACCGUCAGAACGCUGGGUGGCGCUCAUCGAGAGAGGAGAGUGCCAGUUCUCUGAUAAAAUCAAGAAUGCUGCCAAAAAAUAUAAUGCCUCGGCCGUGGUGAUAUAUAACAAUGUCAGUGACAAUAGUAAGGACGUAAACAUGGAACAUGAAGUGACAGAUGUGGUGGCAAUAUCAAUCAAAAAGUCCAGCGGUCAUCGCAUUGCAGAGCUUGUAGAUUCGGGCGUGCGAGUUACGAUUCAUAUCUCGAAAGGUCCUAUCGUUCCCAGAGGUAACGAGCCCUCAAGCAUCAGCAAGACUUCUGUUCUGUUUGUUUCCAUAUCGUUCAUUGUUUUAAUGAUCAUCUCUCUGGCAUGGCUGGUCUUCUACUACAUCCAGAGGUUUCGCUAUGCACAUGCCAAGGAGAGGCUCUCAAGGCGAUUGGCGAGCGCUGCCAAGAAAGCUAUUUCAAAGAUUCCCCAGAGAACGGUCCGCAGCGGUGACAAGGAAUUGGAAUCGGAUUACGACCAGUGUGCUGUGUGUAUCGAGAGUUACAAGAGCUCCGAUGUUAUCAGGAUACUCCCGUGCAAACACGUGUACCACAAGUCCUGUGUUGAUCCCUGGCUGAUGGACCAGAGGAGCUGCCCCAUGUGUAAGAUGGACAUCCUGAGAGCUUAUGGCAUGCAGAUACAGCUUCACGGCAGUCAGGACAGCAUGGUGCCUGCUGACCCAGAGAGUGGUACUGCCUCAGGGGUCAUGGAUGAGGUGGAACCAUCUUCUAGUCCGGACGAGAUGGGUGCUGUCGGGGGGGUCAAGAUUGUCCACUUCACCCACCCCUCCAUACAAUACCACCCCCGCUCCCUCUGCACUGACAGUGGCUGCAUCACGGAACCUUCCACAUCAGCCACUGAUAGUGCAGCUGCAAAACGCAUGACCUGUGACGACGCUGGUCACCUUAGUGACUCGGAAUGUAAUGAGCUGCAAUCCUUGAUGACACCUGCACGUCGCUUCAGCAGCUGCAGCAAAGACAGCUGCUCCUCCUCGCAUGACCACAGCCUUAGUUAGUGCAGCUCUGCGACCGUGCAGACUGAGGCGCACCUCACUGAGGAUGUGUAAGUGUCAGUGCUACCCCCUACCACUGGUAUUUUCUCUGGAGGACACGUGCGUUUGUGAUAAAGCCAGCUUUGCCCAACUUACCAAGGCUGAAGAUUCUGCCACCGUGAUAUUGGGGAACCAGGACUGUGCAUGUGUCAGCACGGGACAAGUGACAGUCUUGUUUCCAUUUUGGGGCCCUAUAAACAAACUUUCAGUCCUGUGUGAAUUUGAAUUAGCAAAACUGGUGCAUCUUUCUUGUGGAAGGCAACGAAUAAAAACAAAAAUCAACAGCACAUACAAGAAUCAAGUGAAAUGGAAGCUAGUUUUCAGUGUGUUGAAUGCAGUAAAGGUGCUGACAGUAAUGUACCGCGUAGUCGGUGGCAUCAGGAUGUGACAAGGUCUCUGUAACAUCACCCCCAGCGUCUGGGUUCCCAUGGGCUAGUACAUUGGGGGGGAUGUCACUAUUAUGAUAAUUCACCAGGGUCACCAGUUGUACAAUAUGCAUCCUUUUUCUUGCCCUUUGUCCAACAGUUCUUGAUACGUAGCUCUGUUGCAGUGCUUGCUUCCUUCAUCUUUCUUCAUCGCCUAUAUAUAUCCUAUAAGUGGCACCCUAUGUCUUAUAAACCUAUACACAUAGCUAUCUAUGACACUUAAUGUGGUCAAAUGGCCAUAAUUGUUAUUGUUGCACUCUUAUGCUGCCCUUCGUACAUCUGUUAGCAAAAUUCUACUUGGGAAAGAGGUUUUGUUAAAAAAAUGGUGUCUUAAGAACAAUUAAGUCUUGAUGCCUGACAUUCAUGGUCACAAGAUAAAUGGAUCUGACAAAUUUUCCUUCAUUUUUUUUACUGUUCUUUGUUCAUAAUAAUUUAUUGAACAUACAUGUAGGAUUCCUAAAAAUAGAUUUAGAAUCUGUCAGUCCCCAAGCUCUCUUGAAACUUAUUUUCAGAUCAGGUAUAUUUGAUCACAUUAAAUAAGUUGGACAGUUGAAUCAGUUUGUCAUUUUGCCAUCUGCUCACAAACUUCAUUUUCAGUUAAGUUCAACAUUACUGUACUUACAAGUGCAAGUUCAUUCCAUAUGUAAUAUUCUUCUUGCUUACCUCUUCCUGUGUAGGUGAGACGUUUUCCUGUAUUGUUGCUACAUUUACCAUUAAGAACCUACAAUACUUGGGAAUUUAACCACCACAGUUUGCCUCUACAACACUGACGGCAGUACACACUAAAUGUUGUCAUAAUUGAUGUCAUAAUUCAUACAGUACUUUCACGAAAAUAUUCUGGAAGAAUACUUGUAGUUGUUUUCCUGGCAUAAGUUUUUGUUUUCUUGUUGUUUUUCCUGCUGCUGUUACACAAUGCACUUGAAAACUUUAAGAAGGGAUUGUAUGACUUCAUAAUGAAGAUAAGGCUGUGUGAUAGUCCUGUACAAUGUAUUGUAAUUGCCUCCUGAUGAACACAAUCAGAAACUCCUUUUUACACAUCUGUCACGUUGAUGUAGUUCACAGUGUGACAGAAUUUUUGAUGCUCAUGUUAAGAGUAGCUUCAUACAAAAAAUGUAUUUACCUUAGAAGAAAGUAACAUUUUUUCCACCUUUGUUUCACCAAGAAAUUAAAUAUCAGUGUCUUUUCUCAGAUUUAGCAAACUAAACUGACAAAAAAGAUUGAACAUCUUGUCCACACUCUUACCCCAUCAUGGUUGGCAAAACUGCUUUUAACGUGAAGGUGGAAGUUCUGCUUCUUGUUAACAAGUCUGUGUCCAGGACAUUAUCAGGCACCAGAUCUACAUCUAACUGCUCAUUUAUCACUGCAGAAAAAAGGUUUUGAGAGCCUUAUAAAUCUGCAUAAUACACCUAGCUGACAAAGGUGUACUCCACCCAUAGAAAUGACCUCAGCAGUUUUUAAUUAUGGAGUUAAACUAAAAUCAGUAUAUCAUGCCCUUACAGGGGGAAAUACUGUGAAUGCUUAAUUUAAUUAUAUAUGAUUUUACAUGAUAUUCACAUCAUCACUGAACACACAUGUACAUAUGACUGACAUGCAUGUGUACAUUUAUUACUCAUAAAUUUGCAGAAUUUGAGCAUCAUUUUUUUGGACAACACGAUAGAUUUAGUAUAGUCAUAAACAUGUAUAUAAUGCGGUGGCACAGGUGGUGGUGUACCCACUCGUCAGUUUUAUUUAUUGCAUACUGUUUGGCAGAUUUUCUAAUAAACCUUUGCAUUGGCUGAUAUGGUAGCUGCUAUGUUAUGGUAUAAACCUCUCCAUGGGCUCAGAUUGUAACUGUAAUGCUGUUGUACAGAUCUCCAUUGUGUCAGACAUUUAGGGUGAUGACCAGAGAUUGAAGUAGUUACUGUUGGUUGUAGUUACCUCCUUGUGGCCUGUUACUGACCCCACAUUCCUGGGGAAAGGUGGGGGAGACAAGAGCAACUUCAUGUGCAAUUUUACAAAUGUAUACAACAGAUAUUUAAGCUUACAACAAAAAGCACAUGCAUUUUGGUGGGUUUGUGUAGCUGUCCUUGUAGGCAGGUGAUCAAUUUUCACAACUGAAAUUAAACGAAUAUGUUAUGUAACAGAUGUAUUAAAACACGAACUUCUGAAAGGCCUGCUUCGUACAUGUAAUGUGCUGUUACGUUAAACAGAUCAUAACAGAUAAUUAGUAACGUGUAAACAAUAAUAACAAGUACACAUCAUUUUCAAGGCUUCACUUGUUGACAAGUUUGAAAUGUUGUAUUUGGCGGUUUGUUAAUGUUAUUAAAUGUAAAUAAUUGUAGUAUUUAUAGAAUGCCUUUUUGUGAGGAGAAAACAGAGCGUGAUAUCUCAGUUCUGUGAGGUGCUUUAUACUGAAGACAGGAGGAGAGGUUUAUGUUGAUUCAUUCAGGACUACAUGUAGAUGUUGAGAGGAACAAAGGUAACCAUCCUUAAGUGUAGUGCCCUGUAGAAGUUAAGGGACAAGAUAGCACCUGGCUAAAAUAUAUUUAAAUAGAAAGCAGGAUAGGCAAGCUUUCUGAAAAGUAUCAUACUUUAUUAUUUUAAUGAGAUUUCACCGAAUAACAUAUAGAACAAAAUGACAAAACUUCACAAAUGGCACAAAUCAAGGCAACCAUCGUGAGAAUUUUAUCCAAUCAAACAUGUUGCUAUCAGAUUUUGUGGCAUAAGGGAAUACUGUGAAGAAUUUCUAUAUUUUGUGCCUCCAGAUUGUUUAAAAAGUUCAUACUGACAGUAUUUGGGCCUCUUUAACCACACACGGCCUGUGUGUAGUCGUUUUGCGGCAGUCAGUGAAGAAGACUGCUUGACUGAAUACGCAUAGCGUGAAUUUCAAAGAGAGGCUGCCAAGCGUCCGUGAUGUCACCGUACGAAGUUGCUGGCUCGAUACGUGCAGAAUUCAUAGUAGAAAGCUAUAAACAUGUGAUGAAAAAAGGCAUACAUUUUGACCGUAAUUUGCUGCUGUGUGACAAAUUCUUGAGAAAUAGUCAUGCCUGUGAUAUGCGCAGCUUAUGGAUGCUGUUGUCAGCUGAUCAAGGAAGGUGGAAUUCCUUUCUUUGCCUUUCCAAGCGAAUGUUUUGAGAGCAACGGCUUAUAAUAACCAGAAAUUACAGUACGCUUACUGCAGAACAUUCUGCAUAGCAUAUGUAAAUUAUGAACGUUAACGAAACCUAGUUGUGGACUGAUGAUGCCACGGUUCAGAGGUCUGUAUUAACUCCCAUAUUAUUUUGACAAUGUUUUCACCGCCGUUGUCUGUGUGAGCAAAGUCUGUUGGCGCGAGUAAAACCACUACUGCCGGGAUGUCCGCGGUCUUGAAUAGCAAAGAAAUUUAAUUGAUUGGCGCUUUAAGCCAUACUCAAGAACAUUUCAUUUAUACUACGGCGGCCACCAUUACAGUGUUAGGAAAUAGCAAAGAAUUAACUGAGAUGAAAUGUAGUUACCAGGUGAAGUUGUCGGUCCAAAAAUCUUUUGGUUUUUGACGGCUGUCGCAGUGGUGAGACUCGCUGUCAGAUGAAUGAGGGGAGGGUUUUACAUGGUUGAUUUCCUGGGCUCCACGUGCUGAAUCAGUUCGUACAGGAUCAUACAUGCACGAGUUGAUAGGUGGCAUGCACACUGGAAUUUCUAGUAUGUCUGUUUCACAGUCUGACAUGAUUUAAUUUUGGUAUUGUCUCGUGGUAGAUUUGAUUUAGUAUAAGUGAACAGUGUUGUUCAGCAUGGGCCACUUCUUACGGUGACGUCUGCGGGAUCACGUGACGGGCACGUCAGUAACUCGGCUCAGGCUGACAGCUCCCUAUUGCGAGAGUCGAUCGUCGCCGUGGGAAGCGUGCGAGGCGACAAACAAACGUGCAGAUUCCUUAUAAUGAGGGCCUAUGAGGUAAUAAUUACAUAAAUACCGAUGAUCAUAAGACGUUGACAGUAUUCCUUUAAGCUGUAAUAUAGGCUUUUCCCAUUCAUUCCAUGAAGCGACAUAUGAGAACAGAACUACUGAUAAAACAUCAUUUUGAGUUCGUUUACAACAAUUUAUUUACAUGUGGCCGAAUGGGCCGUUUAACGCAGUGUUGUGGCACAGGUAAUUGAUGGACCACCACAAACUAGCACUGACGGGCCGUCUCUUCAUCCUAAAGGAAAACGGCCAUGAUGCCAACAAUGCUACCUGUCCUAUAACCGUACCAGUUUUACCUGCUGUCCCUCACACAUCGAUGUUGGGACGGAUAAAAAGUGUCUGUUCAUACUCGUAGUUGACCGAAAUGCUCAUCUCGGUGAGAUGUCCCCUCUUCCGAUCGCUAGUAAAUCCAGCGGAGCCGAAAACUACGUGGCCAUCGCUGCUAGGUAAAGACCACAGCCGCUAUGUUGAUGUCACAAGUUCUCGACAACCCGCGUUACCUCGCGAGAAAAUCAUUCGGUUGCUCUCGGGUCCUGACGAGGUAAAGAGCCGAUAUUUCGUCGGUUUGUUGUUGUUUACUUCGGAAUAGGCCAAGGUCUUGGGCUAAAGGUGGUUUAUGCAUACACUGACACGCAGGGGUCGCUGGCCACCCUUGCGCCUAACCCUAUUUUAUAAGAUCACAGCCGAGAUCCUUGGCUAGAAUACUCAGCCGUGCAUUUCCAGGCUGCUCGUAAAUUUUAUAAAUGAUAUAGUUGGCCGGCCUACUGUAUGAAAGUUCAAGUAGUGGAAGAAAUAUCUCUCCAGUGUGUCCAAUUCCCAAGAAAGCUAUUUAUCACUUGGUCCUUCUUAGGCGAAGUCCACAACUGAAAUCAACCAUACGCUCCUGCUUAGGCUAUUAUACGGGAAAUACCUUCGACGUAAGAGAGCUUGAGUGAACUUGACGUCACCUUGCUGUCAAUAAUGGAGACGUGCUGAAGCUGUGAUAUAACAAGUUUCACUAAAUUUUCACUGGGUUGAAAAAAAAUGUAAAAAAAUAUUUAAUGCCGGUUCAAGAUACUUUGAACGGUCUUUCAGUGGACAUAAAUAUUAGUCAGGUGCUGUCUUUCACUGUAAUGGUUACGCUGACCUGUCCAUUUCACUCAUUGGUUUGCUUGACGUGUCGGAUUUCCGCUUUCAUUGACGACUGCAAACUUGGAUAUUGUGUUGGGCCAAUCCUACCUUGGACCGCAAAUCCUGUCUUACCCACCUUCUAUGUUGUGCAUUAUUUGUUAAUAAUUUGUUUUCCUUUCUUGAAAUGGUGUUGCUAUUAUGAGAAACCAAUUAUCAUAAGUUAAAAUAUAAUCUGUUUCUAUUUUGUGGAGAAUUUUUUCUGCCAUUUAUUGUUAAAUACCUUAUGUUGUCCAAACUUAAGCAAGGCAAUGAAUCUUGUGUUUUCCAUGUAGUUGUGGAGUAAGGUAAUAUUUUACUGAACUCAGUAUAGUACUGCCAUUCAGUCAAACAUACACAAUUGUAUGAAUAUUAGGUGUCACAGUUGCAGGUGUACACCUACAUGUAAUCUGGACUAGAAAUUUUUCAGAGUGACGAGUGAAAAUGAAAUUUGUUGCAUGUUGAGCACAAUGUUCCUUUAAAUGGUUACAACAUGUGAGCUUGAAUUCAAAAUAUCAAAACAAUUCAUUUGCAGUUCUGCCCACGUAUUUACAUGUAUUUCAAAGAAUAAAGACGGAUGUGUUGAUGUAUGCGUACAGUUAAACUUUUGGACAGGUAAUAAAAAUAAUUUCAAAUUUCUGAAUAUUCAUAAAUAUGUAAACUUUUCUUACAGAGUGUUCAGUAUGAGCAUUGCAUGUAGAUAAUUAAACUUUAGUGGUGUAAGCUGUUGACAGAACAUGUGAGUGACACUGAACGUAUACACACUUUUAGCCUGAUGUAAGCUGUUGACAGCGCAUGUGAGUGAUACAAAGCGUGUACAUACUUCUCCUAGCCCGAGAUAUGUUCUCCUGGAGUGAUGUAAGCUAUUGACAGAGCAAGUGAGCGACACUAAUCGUAUACAAACUUCUCCUAGCCUGAUGUAUUCUGAAGUGAUGUAAGCUGUUGACAGGGCAUGUGAGCGACACUAAGCGUAUGCCUGUACACACUUCUCCUAGCCUGAUAUAUUCCUCUAGCCUGAUGUAAGGUGUUGACAGAGAUGAGGGUGACACUGAGCGUAUGCCUGUACACACUUCUCCUAGCCUGAUAUAUUCCUCUAGCCUGAUGUAAGGUGUUGACAGAGCAUGUGGGUAACACUAAGCGUAUACACCAUUCUAACUUGAUUAUUCUCCUGUGCAGCAGAAAAUUCAGCUACAAUUAUUAGGUUAUUGGUCUAAGGAGAUUUUAGUUAUUAAAGCGUCACUAGUAUAUAGCUGAUGACAGGUGUUAUGUUACUGUCAGUAUAUUGGCACAAUUCUGUAUAACUAUCAACUGUAAGAUUCACGUUCAUGAACACAUCUUAGCGGGAUGCCAAUAUACGUGCUUUUUUUGAUACCGCUAAUUUUAGACUUGGCUUAUGUUGUAUAAAUUCUUUAAAUCGCUCGUAUUUGUUUCUACAUAUGUACGGUUCUUUAAAACGUGAUUCCUGAAACAAUUGUGUGAUUUGAAAUGCAUAUGGAACAUUGACGGCAUUCACAGCAUGUCCCACAUAGGGUUGAGUGAUUAAAAAUGGUUUACAGUUACAUGUACAUUAUCAGAAUUUCUCGCUGCUAUAGCUGGUCAGUGUGAGCAUCAUUUCAUCCAUUAUGUAUUUACCCAGUAAUUCCUCUGUGUUUUUAUCCUUAACCGUCUAGUUGUCAUCUUGCUUGGGGAUAUGCUCAAAGCAAUAGAAAGAACAAGAAUUAAAACGCCUGUGAAGUCCUAGCUUACGUUAUUAGGCCUACUGCUAUGUUGACAAGAGCAAGGGCCGCUUUUUAGCAGUGUUGACACAUAAUUUUCCAAGUGACAUUAAAUCAUUGAACUAAUUGUGUCCAUAUGGGUAGGAAUGUGGAGGAUUGAUGAUGUAUCCAUGUGGUGAUCGUAUUGAACCGGGAUACUUGGCCGUUCAUAUCCCGCAGACAUCCUUGUACUUUUAUUGUUGUUGUUGUUGUAUAGGAGAAGGUUACACAAGUUGUGUUACACUUUUGCUUCCUCUACAUGUUGUUAUCUAAAAUAUAACGUCAAUAUACCAACAGGUGUUCCUGUGUUAUUUAU